AUGAAGGAGGAUGGCUCCUCGCUGUCCUCCCUCAAGCGCCUGGAGCGCUCGCAGCGCACGGAGCGGCUGGACACACUGUUUGGCUUCGAGCGGCCCACGGAGCCUGGCGAGCGCACGGGCUGGCUCAUCAACAUGCACCCGGUGGCCCUGCCCUAUAAGCCGUAUUUCUACAUGGCUACCCAGAAGGGCUGUGAACGAGAAGUGUCAUCAUUCCUCUCCAAGAAGUUUCAAGGGAACAUUUCAAAGCUGGAAACUGUCCCCAAAGAAGAUUUGGAUCUGCCAAAUCACUUGGUGGAUCUUAAGCAGAACUACAUUAAGUUAUCCUUCCACGUGGUGGAGGACUUGGUGAAGAUGCGGAAGGAGAUCUCUCCUGCUGUGAGGAAAAACAGUGAGCGAGACCAGGCGAGCGAUGUCUAUACAUCUAUGCUGUCAAGGAAAGAGGUCUCCUUAGGAUGGUGA